UGGCCACCGUUCCCCGAGAACACAGAUAUUUUGAACAAAACCGCGGGACGAAAACUCCCAACUGUGUUUUUCAACUACCAACCUCUUUCUCUCUCUAUGAAAAUGGCCACCAUUUUUGCCAUUUCUUCCAACUUUACCCACCUCAAUUCCCAAACCCAGCCCCUGUUUUUUCAUCCAAAUCUUCGUCAAAGAAGAUUCUUCAAUGUUCGUUGCAGUGGACAGAACCCGGCAACCAACUCCUCCACAGAAAGAGAACCAGAGGAGCCAACAAAUGCAGUGCUUAAGCUAGCUUGGUAUGGUUCUGAGCUUUUGGGUAUGGCCACUUCCUUCUUCAAAAGCAGACCUGAAGCUCCUGAUGAAGUUCGUGUUGAGCUUGCAAGAGAUGGGUCUGGAGUAGUUGACCGUGCCCUUUUGGUGCAGACCAUCAAAGACGAUUUCCAGAGGUCCUACUUUGUCACAGGAAACCUUACUCUUGAUGCUUAUGAAGAGGAUUGUGAAUUUGCUGAUCCAGCAAGCUCCUUCAAAGGGCUUCGCCGUUUCAAAAGGAAUUGUACAAAUUUUGGUUCCCUGAUAGAGAAGUCAAAUAUGAAGCUUAUGAAGUGGGAAGACUUUGAGGAUAAAGGAAUUGGUCAUUGGCGGUUUAGUUGUAUCCUGUCUUUUCCAUGGAGGCCCAUUCUUUCUGCAAGUGGAUACACAGAAUACUUUUUUGAUGCACAGUCUGGAAAAGUUUGCAGGCAUGUGGAGCAUUGGAAUGUUCCCAAAAUGGCCUUACUGAAGCAGAUUUUAAGACCUAGCCGGGGAUUGAAAACCGGUGGUUGAAGCAUAGGUAACUUCAGAUUUGCAGUUUCAAUGAGUACAUUUGUACCUGGCCAAAUAUUGUAUCCUGAGAUAUGAAAAAAGAAAAGGUUGAAUUGAUUCUCAAAAAUCUCAAGAAGAGGUCCUGCUUUGUCAUGGAGAAUGCUUGCAACAAAUUAGAGCUGGAUAUGAUCAUGUGAUUUGAGCCUUGUUAAUGCUUUCCACACGAGACCUUUUUGUUGCAAGAAGCAAGUAUGAUCUGCAUUAGUGUUUAUGAUGAAACCACUAACAGAAAUAGAAUUUGUAGGGAAGAAAUGUGUAUACUUUUCAUGUGAAUAAUGUCGUCUUUACUAAUAUCAUUUACUUUGGCAUUUUAAAGUUUUUAA